CAGUCUAAAUAGAGGAGAGAGGAGGGAGUGUGCCCGUCAGUCUUGCCACAUAAAGGCCACUGGUGCUUCCGUUUUCUAGCCAUUACUACGUUUCCGUAUCGUGUCGUUCUUCCCCCAGUGCGUGUUCAAGUAACAGUGAUCAAUACAGCAAGAAUUACUCACCCACUGGUCUGAGAAUCUUGAAAAAUAUAUUUGCAUUUCACGGCCCUUCCCUGUGUGGGCCUUGGAACAUUUGGUGUUAAAUUUUAAUCAUUGAGAAUUAUUCUUUGCCACAAAAGGUGGAAGAUGGUGGCACGAUGAACCACAGCCUGGAGGGUCGUACUGUGGCUGUUGUCAUCAGCGACAUCACCACGCCGGCCAUCUCAGUGACUAGACAUAAGACUCAGCAAAUUCAAUCUGGGGAAGGACGGGAAUCUUGUGACAUCCCACCAGAGGCCUCCACCCUCCAGUCCAGCCCAUUCAGGGAAACACAGCUUGAGGAGCACUCUCAGCACUCAGGCACCACCUCCACCACCCCCACCUUCAAGGAAGAUGUUCAGGCUGAAGAGGAGGAAAGUUUUCACACCCAACGGCUCCUCAUCUCUCUCCUGGCUGGGGCCAUGGCAGGGGCCUUGGCCAAGACCACCAUUGCUCCCCUUGACAGGACCAAGAUAAACUUUCAGGCCACCAAACAGACGUUCUCUGCACAUAAUGCCUUUGUCUUUGUGCGGGAGUGUUACCAGAAGGAGGGGCUACUCAGUCUGUGGCGUGGCAACUCUGCUACCAUGGCCAGAAUCAUUCCCUAUGCAGCCAUCCAGUUUGCAUCUCAUGAGCAAUAUAAAAGGAUGCUGAGAGUGGAUGGACCAGGCAAUGAGAACAAGCCUUAUUUAAGGUUCGUUGCUGGUUCCAUGGCUGGUGUUACCUCACAGUUCCUCACAUACCCGCUGGACAUGGCCAGGGCACGCAUGGCCGUCACUCACAGGGACACAUACGCCUCCCUCAGACAGGUAUUUACCAAGAUCCUAAAGAAUGAAGGUCCCCUCAGUCUGUACCGCGGCCUGACACCAACACUGCUGGGCGUCAUCCCCUACGCAGGCACCAGCUUUGGAAUCUACGAAACUUUGAAGAAGUUCCAUGCAGAUUACUCUCAUAGAGACAAGCCAAACCCUCUGGAGAGGAUGAUGUUUGGGGCAGUAGCAGGUUUGGUGGGCCAGUCCUCGUCGUAUCCCCUGGACAUUGUGAGGAGGCGCAUGCAGACCGCCACAGUCACUGGCAAUGGCAACCAUUAUAAAACCAUCAUGGGCACCCUCCUCAAAGUAUACAGGGAGGAGGGGCUGCAUCAUGGGCUUUACAAGGGGCUCUCCAUGAACUGGAUCAAAGGCCCCAUCGCUGUCGGUAUCAGCUUCACUACGUUUGACACGCUCAAGAUCUCCCUGGAACAGAUUUUGCUGCCAAGAUAGCAGACUCCCGUGUGCAAUAUGCUAUGCACGUGGAAAGAGGACAAUUUGUAUUGAUCCUGGAAGUGCAUUUGCUUUGUUGUUACUUGAAAUUUUUUAUUCAAUAUUUUUAUGAGAAGUAGAUAGUGAUAUAGAUUGUACAUAUGUGAACUAUAUAAGAUAUUUUAUGAGGAAGAUGCAUUGCAAAUAUGAAGUAUAUAUGUAUAUAUAUUGGCUGGAACAUAUAUUCAGUCAGCAUAUAGAAGAGCAUGUCAGAGAAGAAUAUGUCUUUGUUAUGGAUAAUUGAGGUAUUAAAGAACUUAUCAAUUUUAUCUUGAUAUGAAAGUAUAGGGAAAUUCUACAUGGUACCCAGCCAGUGAGCUUCUAGUUAUUAUUUGAGAAACAAGUUGAUCUUGCCUUUUUGGGGUUAUAGUAGUAGAGUAAAAGAUGUCUUGCAAACCUCAGUCUGCUAGUCUGAUCAUCAGGAACAGUGAAUUCACUGUCUGCAUCCUUAUGCCUUUCGCAUCACAAAGCUCAUUGUAUACUUAUGGAUCACCAGUACAAGGGAACACACAAUUCCACUUGGCUUCCAGGUUAUAAACACAUUACAAAGAA